AUGACGUCGAGUGGGAUUGGUGUUAGUUGUGCAUAUCGAUUCGUUGAGAAGGAAGCUGGUAGCCGUGAAAACGUGGGCUUCUUGCCAAAAGAUUUGUACAAUGAGAUUAAUCGUGAUAGAAGAUUGUUGGCGAAGGUUAAAGAUGUGGAUGCUAAUAAGUUGGACUCACGUUGUUUGAUAGAUUACCAACACUUUGGUGAUGUAGUAUCUGUGGACUCCACUUACAAUACAAACAAGUAUGGCCUCAUAUGUGUACCGUUUAUUGGAAUCAAUCAUCAUCGGACUAACGUUAUGUUUGCAAUUGCAUUCUUGUCGAACGAGAAGAGUGAGUCUUAUGAGUGGCUCUUUCGGACAUUUCUUGAAGCUAUGUAUGAAAAUGAGCCGUGUGUCAUAUUCUCUUACCAAGAUCAUGCUCUUAUGAACGGUGUUGAUAUGUCGUUUCGAGUAGCUUCUCAUAGGCUUUGUCAAUGGCAUAUUAACAAGAAUGCGGUGAAGCAUUUUGGUAGGCUGAACGGGAACAAAGAGUUCAAGAGUUUGUGGUAUCGUUGUAUGAACGGAUGUGAAUCGGACGAGCAAUUUGAAAUUUGUUGGAAGGGUAUGAUCGAGGAAUAUAAUCUUUCUAAAAAUCGGUGGUUUUCUAACAUGUACGCUCUUCGUCGAAGGUGGAGUUCUGCAUUCACCAGUGAAAAGUUUUAUGGCGGCUCACAUGCCACUUCUCGAAGUGAGGUUACGAACAAAGUGCUUAAAGAUUUAUGCUCCGGUACUUUUUCUGUGAUUGAAUUUGUUGUCGCUUUUGAACGAAUGCAAAGAUCCUGGCGACGAAGAGAGUUUGAAGAGGAUUCACAUUGUCGUGGUCUGUCAGGUAUGCUUGUUCAUCGUAGUGGUAUUUUGUUGCAGGUAGCUGAGCUUUGUACGCGUAAUGUUUUCAAGUCGUUUGAGUAUGAAGCGUUACAUUCUAUUGAAGUUAAGCUAACCCAUGAACCUCCAGACAUGAAUGAUGAGGUGUUGGAAUUUAAGGUGUCAUCUAGAACAGUUGUUACUGGAUAUCGCGUUGUGAGGUUCAACCAACGAAGCCAAUUUGCGAAAUGCUCAUGCCAUAUGUGGGAAGCGGAGGGUGUUCUAUGCCGCCAUUUGUUUAGGGUAUUUUUUCACAUGAACCUCGAUAAGAUUCCAGACCACCUAAUAUUGAAUAGGUGGCGACGCGAUUGCAAGCAAAGGCACGCCACAAGUGAAGAAACAGGCGUCAUGAGUGGUACGUUUAGCAAUAUGGUGUUUGUUUAUUAG